AUGUCACGCCUGGUGCUGUCGCAGAAUGCCGAAAAGAAUAAUGCCCUGCGCCCGGCCCGUUCAAGUCGGCGCAUUGCCCAGCCAAGUGCAUCCCCCACGCCGGCCCCAUCCUCACCCUCCGACAGUGGUCGUGCCGUUCCCCUUGGGCACAACAUCUGGACCGAGCCUUCCUUCAGCGCCUUCUUCGGCUCGACCGAGCUGUGUGACAUUGAGAUCCAUGAGCCGCUGCAUGCGCGAAACCUCCGCGAGCCAGAUGGCGCUUUCGAUGAGAAUGGCGAGUACACCUCCAAGGACAGCUACACCGACGAGGAGCUUCACCAGCUGGUGAAUGAGAUCCAGCGCAUGCAUCAGCCCGUGACCGGCACCGACACCGGUCCCUGGCUGCGCACCGGUUACGUGUUCGACACGCGCACUCUCAGUCAUGUGGACAAUGAUGAAUUCGAGUGUGCGCAGCGUGUGCUGGCAGCCAACCACCUGCUACUUCAGGCUGGGCUUCUGGCGCCGCUGGCCACGUCGGAGAUCUCGGGCGUUGUGGCGCCCACACCGCGACGCUUCGGUCCCACUGACCAGACGAUGAGGUGGCGCAUGGCCCAUCAGUCCCUGCCCCAGUCUUCGGGCCUGCUGGCGCUUGACCAGUCCCUUACUCCGGAGACUCGCCGGGCCCGGGGCCAACUCAUUCCGAUUCCUGCGGCACCAGUUACCUGGGAGCAGGUGGGACUGGCCCACUCGGCCGAGUUCGUGGCGUCGCUGCAGCUCCUUGAGACACUCCCAUCUCAGGAUUUGACGUUGAUCGGCGACAGACUCGACUCUGUGACGUAUGGGCCCUCGACCCUGGAGGCGGCUCUCGUGUCGGCCGGUGGCGUGGUCGCCCUUUUGGAUGCCAUUUCCGAGGGCACCAUUGAUAACGGUGUUGCCAUCGUUCGGCCGCCGGGUCAUCAUGCCGAGCACACACACUCCAAGGGCUUUUGCAUUAUCAACAAUGUGGUCCUCGCGGCUCAGGUGGCUCUGAUGCAAUAUCCGCACCUCUACAAGCGAGUCCUGAUCCUCGAUUGGGAUGUUCACCAUGGCAACGGCACCCAGCGUGCUUUCGAGUCGGACCCGCGCGUCCUCUACAUUUCGUUGCACCGACACGACCAUGGGCACUUCUAUCCCCACUCGGCGGCGGCGGACUACGACUUCGUCGGCCUCGGUCAUGGAGCUGGGCGCAACAUCAACGUCGCCUGGAACCACGACUCGAUCUUGGAUGCGGAUUACGUGUACGCCUUCCAGCACUUGGUGACGCCAGUGGCGCGCGAGUAUGCCCCGGAUUUGGUUAUCAUCUCGGCCGGGUUCGAUGCCGCGCGUGGGGAUCCCCUCGGAGGCCCGGUGGCGGCCUUGUCAUAUGAGGCCUAUGCCUUCAUGACGGCCGAGCUGCGCAGCGUGGCCCCCCACCAGCGCGUCAUCCUGGCCCUCGAGGGCGGCUACAACCCUCGGUCUCUGGCCAUGUCGGCGUUGGUGUGCGUCAGCAACAUGCUCGGCCCUGGGGGCUACCAGCACCGGUUGGACAUUGGCCAGAGUCUGCGCCAGGCACACCCGGAGGCCGUGAAGGCGGUGAUCCGGUCGCGGUAUAUUCACUCGCGUUUCUGGGACGUGCUGAAGGAGCCCCUUCCCAGCGAGCCCGAUGGCGAGUGCAUGGAUGUCGAAAGCGCGACGGCGCUGACCCUGCGCCUGGCGGCCGAGGCAUUCGCGCGGGAGGUCCCCGCCCCGCAGGAGCAUUGGCUGUCAACUGCGGCCCUGGAUGCGAUGUAUGCCAAUCUUCUGGCCGAGUACGGGCUAUAUUGCCUGUCUGGCGGGACACUCUCAAGACUAUCCUCACCCUCCAAGCGUAGCCAGCUGGUGGCUUUUCACCGAGGUCUGUCGGAGCAGGAGGACCUUGCUCUUGCCCGGCAGCUGGGGCUGUUCUUCCCGGCCUACCCGUCACCGGUAUCGAAGUUGAUCAAUCAAUGGUGCCACCCGUCCAAUCGGAAGCUGCCUCGUGGGUUCAGCCACAUCUUCGUCGUGGUGUCCGCAUCCGUCCUGGGCCAUGCUCCCGCCGUCCGGGAUGCCUAUGCGCGGUUGUCCGCGGCCAGCCUCAUCCCCUCGGUCCUGUUGACCUGCGUGACUCGGGCGAACAGCGAGGACCUCGUGUCAAUGGUCGAUCAGUUGUCGGCACAGGCCUCGCACGACCAUAUGCAGGCCACUUUGGCCAACCUGCCGCCGGGACACGUGGUCCAGGGUCUCCGUGGGCGUGGGGUUGCGGCCAGCGAGCUGGCCCGUUCGGGGCGUGUCCUAGGCAGCACCCCAUCACCAACCAUGGUAAUCCCGGAUGUCAAGCCGGCGACCAGUGGGCAAAGCACCAAGGCGAAUGACACUAUGGCCUCUGAGCCAGGCGUCAAGGAGCCACCGGCGACCGAGCCGACCAGCCCUACCGAUGGCCGGCCCCGUUCAGCGCAGCCUGUCGAGGAGAAGCUCCCGACACAGCCAGGCCCAUGUGCUGCAUUCGCGGUCCAUGUCCUGUUGGAUGCCGAGGGCGACUGUGUGGACCUUGGCAAGUUGGCCCGGCGUGCCGUUGCUGCUGCUCUUGAGGACCUUUCGUGUUUUGAGAGCCCACGUGGGGCCGAUGUGGUCUUGGUGAUCGAUGAUGUGAGCGCCGGACUGAUUGCCAACAAAACGGGCACAACGCCUGUGUCCUUCCUCUUUGACAAUGCCGAACGCAUCGAGUCCGCCUUGGUGGCCAUUUCCUCCUUUUCCAUUUCAAUCGCCGACGCCCGGCAGACCAGCCAGGAGGGACUCGGCCUGCCAGCUGAGACGCCACUUCUCUAUCUACCGUGUACGAUGCCGGCAUCGCAAUUCCAGCCAAGGCGCCCAUCCUCCGGCACCAGCACCGACGAGCACGCAACUCCACAGCACGAUGCCCCGACCGUUGCCACAUCCCCGGCCGAGUCCCCCAGCCCGACAACCUCCCCGUCCCUGGGAUCGCUGCCACAACAUUAUCCCGAAUUUGAGACUACGUGCGUUUUCAACGCCACAUCGGAGAUGCUCCUUCGAAACUUUGACAUCGUCUGGGGGUUUGUGUCAUCAACCAAGAGGUCUGAACACAAUUAG